AUGACCAUGAGAUUGCUCUCUGUAGUCAACAACAACAACAACAUGCUCCUCCAUCUGUUAAUGCUACUAGUAGUGCUAUUGUUACAAGUGGAUAAGACUGAAGGAGCAGUGCCUUGUGAAAGUGACCCUUACUGUGAAUUGGUACUAAGAACUGGAUCUUCCUGCUUGGAUGGAUUUUGCAGCAAUCCGUUUCAUUCUGGCGGUUGUUUGCAGCAUUUCCAGCAUCUUGCCAAAGAUCGUGCCAAUGAUCAAGCAUAUGUCAGAGUGUGUGGAAGUGAAGAUCCUCCUGAAGCUUUCCUAAAAGGCCACUGUGAAAAACCAACGUUUUCUUAUCCGGAGGUUCGAUUGUCCGUUGCCAACUGGGAAUCCUCGUUUAUGGCCGCUUGGAUCUUGCAGAUUCUUCUAAGUGAAGUCCUGCAAGUUCCUGUUUCCAUUGAAGUGGGUCAAGCAAAUCUCAAUGCGGACUUUUAUAACCAACAAAACAAAUGGGAUUGGCCAACUUCAAGCACUACCACUAGUACUAGUACUACUAGUAGUACCAAUUCAAGUGAUUCAGUGGGAGCCAACAACUUUCAAGCACUGAAAACUGCUCACCAAUUGGGAGGGGUUUGCACCAACAUGGAUACAACCAUUGAUACCAUUGAAAGUGCCAACAACAGAAACAGAGGAUGCGCCAAUGUGAUUCCAGAAGUAUGGAAAAACGACGAAGUCCCACUCUUAAGAAAACUUCAAGAUCAAGGAAUCAUUCUAAGACCAACCAGUUUGGGAGUCUCUGGUCAAGAAGAUAUCGUCAUUCCCGAUAGAACUGCACAGUAUGAUCCUUCACUCACAUCUUUUCAUGGACUACAAGGAAAACACAACCAAGGAAAACUGGCAAAUAUAUUCCAGUUUCCAACCACUUGGAGAGACUACUGUAUGCAAGUGUCACCCAACAAUUGUGACAACAACAACAGCACACACGACAACACAGUGGCAGCAAGACCUCCCUUGAAUCCACAAGAAGGAGACUUGUACUUUGCUCCUGGACUUUACACUGGAUACUUUCGACCACACCCAAAUUGUGACACUACUACUACCAGCAGUAGUACCUUCACCAAUGAUUCAUCUUGCACUGGAGUCUUUCUCGAUUAUCCAUGUGACUGGAGCUACAACACGGUCCAAAAACUGGUAUGGCUCGAUAUUCCACUACAACCCAUUCAGUACUCCUACAGUGAACUCCUUCAAAUCAACUUGGCCGCCAAUGCGACAAAGGCACACACCAUUGGGGUUUGGUUUAAACCAGAUCCACUCAAUGAACUAUGGGUAGGCACCGAUUCACAGCUCACACCCGUCAAUCUACCACCGGCCACAAGCACGUGUCUACAGCACAAAAUUAAUAAUGACAUUACCGCACGAUGCCUUGACAAGAUGGAUAAUAUCGCAGAACAGGCGGGAGAUCCAAGAGGCGCUUGCCAGGAUCCACCCAAUCCACUUCUCAAGGUCAUGGCUGUGUCAUUGCGGGAUGCCGGAGAAAAUCCAGACAUGGAUGAAGCGCUAUGGAGUCCGGCACAUUUGUUCAUUGAACGAUUCGAAAUCGACAAUAUACAAUACAGCCAAAUAUUCGAAAACUGGUUGCAGCGAGGAACCGAUAAAUGGAACUUUGACUUACGAGAUGCCACCUGCGAGUUUGUCGCCGAAAAUCUGGGCUGGAUUCAACAAUCCUACAUGCCAAAGACGUUUCCCCGAGUGAUUGAAAAUGUCAAUAUCCAAGGCACGGUCGAUCAGAUUGCGGCCAUGGUGAUGUCCAUUUUCGCACUCUUGCUCGUUACCAGUGCCGCCAUUGCGGCCAACCGUCGACGAACUACAAAGAUCAUGUACCAUACGCAGCUCGGGAUUCUCUAUGCGGUCCUGGGAGGACUCUUCUUGGUGGCGGUAGGAGCAUUCCUUCUCACAUUUCCACCCACCGAUGCACUCUGUCCCACCCCGUAUUGGUUUUCCAAUCUGGGCUACGCCAUGGAAUUGACACCUGUCAUUGUCAAGGUCGAUGCCAUUAGUCAUGCUGUGCGCAGAGGCAAUGCCAUGCAUCGAGUUAGGUUAUCCACGAGGACUAUUCGUUUGGCGGUCCUGGUCGGUAUGGGAUUCCUCGGCGCCGUCACAUUGUCAUGGACACUGGUUCAUCCUUCCAAACAAUCCACAGCUUUUGAACUCACGUCCAACCAGAAUGAACACGGUGCUACUAUUGUCUCGGCAGCCGCCUUUUGCGAGUCGGCAAAUCCAUUCUGGGCCAUGGCAACCUUUCUCUUCUUUUCCGUUUUUUGUUUGUACGGAUUGUUCUUGGCGUUCCUCGCCAGGACACGAGAAGAUCGGAAUGGAGCUCGGAACUACGCUACUCUCUUGGCAUCGCACGUGGUCAUUGUGGGGUUCCGUGCGGCCAUUUUUCUACUUUCCGAGUCCAUCAACGAGGCGUACGUCCGCCUCUAUACCAGUAUCAUGCUCAGUCUCGACUGCAUCGCGGCCGUAUCAAUCUUUACCGGACCCAAACUGUUUGAGAAGAGAGAAGAACAGGAAGAUUCGGAGGAGCCACUGCCGGAUCUGUUUCUCGAAACGACGGUUGUCAAGUGUGACAUUGUUGGAUUUUCAAAGUGGGCGUCCAUGCGAGAGCCCACGCAUGUAUUUCAGCUGCUGGAAGCUAUCUUUGCUGAGUUUGAUCAAAUUUGCGAGAGGCGUCGCAUUCUCAAAAUUGAGACUGUGGGCGAUUCCUAUACUGCUGUGGCGGGCAUUCCCAACUCUCAAAAAGACCAUGCCGUUCGUGCUUCCAGAUUCGCCCUUGAUUGCAUGGCUCGAAUGCAUCGUCUAGUGAGUGAAUUGGAGAUUACUUUCGGCCCCGAUACUUCCGAGUUGAACCUCCGGAUAGGGAUGAACAGUGGGGCUGUAACAGGAGGCUUCAUGAGAGGAAAGGGAGCCAGGUUUCAGCUAUUUGGCGAUGUUGUGAACAGGACAGGGAAGAUGGAAAGCAUGGGUGAAGCAGGGAAAAUCCACCUGUCAGAAGCAUGCGCUGAGGCACUUAGGAAGGAAGGCAAAGGAAGCUGGGUUGAAAAGCGCGAGGACUCGGUUUUUGCAAAAGGCGUUGGGGCUCUGUCCACUUAUUGGCUUGUCUACGGAAUGAACCGAGUUGAGACUGAGGAACAAAGUGAAACCUUCGAUGCGGAUCAUCAUAUCUGGGCCAAGAGGAAAUCUUCUGCAAGCGAGCAACGGAAGCGACUCGUUCGCUGGAAUGCUCAAGUUCUGCUAGCUGUGCUUCGGGAAAUUGUUGCUUGUCGGGUUGCCCCUGGUCCCAUUGGCAGGAUUUCAAACUCCUCCGUUAACAAUAGGCCUAGCACGGAUGCCAUGGAUUACAGCAUUUCAAGCAACCCCCAGAUGCCUCUCGAGGAGGUUAAGGAAAUCAUCAUGUUGCCCCAGUUUGACCGAAGGAUAGCUAUUCACCGAGGAGAUGCAGAGGCUGUGGAGAUUCCCCAAGUUGUCAAAGAACAACUGAUGGAGCUCGUGGCUGGCAUUGCAGACUUGUACCAAGAUAACCCCUUCCACAAUUUCCAGCAUGCAAGCCAUGUGGUCAUGGCCGCUACCAAAUAUUUGAGCCGGAUCAACGCCGCAGCCGAUCUAGAGACUUCCCCUACUACGCGACAAAGCUUCAAAGCGGAGAAACUACACGACCACACAUACGGCAUAACCUCCGAUCCUAUGACACAUUUUGCAAUCUUGUUCUCUGCACUCAUACAUGACGUAGAUCAUCCUGGCGUUCCCAAUGGAAGAAUGGCAGAGGAAAACAAAGUUUUAGGGAGCAAGUACAGGAACCGCAGCGUUGCCGAGCAGAACUCCUUUGACCUGGCAUGGAAGCUCUUUUCAAAGUCGCGAUUCAAUGAUCUUCGAAAGAUGAUCUGUUCUGACCACAAAGAGCUGGAACGAUUCCGCUCGUUGAUUAUCAACAGUGUCAUGGCGACUGAUCUCGGUGAUAAGGAACUCAAAGCCCUCCGCAACAAUCGGUGGCAAAAAGCAUUUUCUGCCAAAUCCGACGAAACCGAGUCUGACACUACCUCCUCCGAGACGUAUUCGGAGUCCAAUCAUGCUGCAAUCAACAGGAAAGCAACGAUAGUAAUCGAGCAUGUCAUUCAAGCCGCCGAUGUGUCCCACACGAUGCAGCAUUGGCACGUCUACCGACAAUGGAACUUCAACCUCUUUCGUGAGAUGCAUCGGGCCUACAAGGAUGGGAGAUCGGAUACCAAUCCUGUCGAUUUCUGGUAUGAAGGCGAGAUUGGGUUCUUUGACUUUUAUAUCAUCCCACUUUCGGAAAAGCUUCGAGACUGUGGAGUGUUUGGUGUAUCCAGCGAUGAAAAUCUGAGCUAUGCUACUGCAAACAGGGCUGAAUGGGUUGCCAAGGGAAAGGACGUUGUUGCAGAAAUGGUCAAACAGAUUGAGGAAGAGGAGGCAUUCGGUGACGAAUCUGCAGAAGAGCAGCAUCCUGACAUCGUUGAACCGUAG